AUAUCAAUGGAUGCCUUCAAUAAAAUUGCUGUAUCCGGACGUCCGAAAUCUUAUUUAUUAAAUAAGUUUUCAAAUGAAUAUUAUACUGACGUAACAUUUGCUAAUUAUGGCAUUGAAUGGCAAACACUGAGACAUUUAGCAUUAUCUACUAUUAAUAAACAUUUACUAAACAAUAAAAUUAUUGAUGAAACAAUUGAUUGUAUGGACAAAAYUAUUAGGAAAAUGUUAGCAAAUGAAGGACCGGAUAAACCGAUUGCACCGUUAGAUUACAUAUUCAUUAUGUAUCUCAAUAUUGUCAACAAUUGUGCCUUUGGAGAGAAUCUAAGUUUAGAUGACCCGCACUUAAAACGCCUAAAAUAUCUAAUACACGAUUUCUACGAUAAAAUGUCGACAAACUUUAUGUUAUGGGAAUAUUCAGCAAUAUUUCGAUGGUUUGACUAUAGAUUAGUUAAACAAUUCAAUGAAAUCACUGGCGAAGCCCGGGAUAUAUUAGUCGACAAAUUUACAAAACACUACAAAUCAUAUGAUCCGAGCGUUGAAAGAGAUUUAUGCGAUUCACUGAUUGCGGCAAAACUGCAGACAAAAACAAGCGCUGAUAGUGUCGACCGUCGGAAACAUUUAAGUGAUAUGAAUCUGACAAUGAUUUUAUACGACCUGACUAUCGACGCGGCCGACACUUUUCACGGCGUAUUUCAAUGGAUACUAUUAUUUCUGGCCAAUUAUCCGCUAAUUCAAAAACAAYUACGAAUGGAAAUCAAACAAACAAUUGGCGACCGACGGCCACAACUUGACGACAAAAAUCGGUGUCCGCGGGUUAUGGCGUUUAUUGCCGAAACAAUCCGAUUGCGUGCACCCAAUCCGUUUGGGGCACCGCACCAAACAUUGUCGGACACAACAAUUGGCAAUUAUUCGGUGCCAAAGGGUACUAGAAUUUCGGUAAAUUUAGGCUACAUUUUAUGCGAUAGUAAGCACUGGGGAGACGAUAGUCAUACAUUCAGAGCCGACCGAUUUAUUACCACUACUAGCAAUGGUAGUGAAAAAUUGGACACAAAUCACAAAGCAUUUGUACCGUUCGGUAUUGGACGUCGUAAAUGUAUGGGCACCAAAUUGGCUAUUGCUGUACUUUUUAUAUCUGUGGUACGAUUGAUACAGAUAACCGAUGACUAUACUAUUGUAUUGGACAGUCAUAUGCAAUUGGAUCCCGAUUCUAAUAGCGCAUGA